GGUGGUGACCCACGCGUAUGAUUCCGUCCAGACUUUUACAUUUGCGCUCAUACUUCCGACUGCGCUCAGCAUACAUGGAAAACGAUUUCGCUUUGUGAAUGUCCGCCGGGAACAGCUCAUAAAUUGCACACAGUUCACUUAAUAACUGUGUUUUGAUACAAGUCGAAAAUAUGAUUUUUCUCAAGGGGGAUAUAGAGUCGUAAAAUGUUUUUGGGACCCAGCGUCUCCACAAGGAAAUGGGAGUUUCUGCAUUUAUGGGUACAUGAAUCUAUGUUCCGGGGGCCCGAUGCCUGUGAUGGAGGAAGUAGAUAUCAGCGGCAGUGAGAGCAACAGCAUGCCGAAGAGGAUUGCUCUCAUCUGCUUCCUUUCCCUGGUGAUGCUCAUGAGUGUCCUGGGGAACCUCCUGGUCAUGACAGCUGUCUGCAAGGACCGCCAGCUCAGGAAAAUCAAGACCAACUACUUCAUAGUAUCGCUGGCCUUUGCAGACCUGAUGGUGUCGGUGCUGGUGAUGCCGUUUGGUGCCAUAGAACUGAUUCACCAGAACUGGAUUUAUGGAGAAACCUUCUGCCUGGUCCGGACAUCUCUAGAUGUACUGUUGACAACAGCCUCCAUAUUACACCUAUGUUGCAUUGCUUUGGACAGGUACUAUGCCAUCUGCUGCCAGCCACUGGUCUACAGGAAUAAGAUGACACCACUGAGAGUGGCUCUUAUGUUAGGAGGAUGCUGGGUAAUCCCCACCUUUAUAUCCUUCCUACCCAUAAUGCUAGGAUGGAACAGUAUCGGAAUAGACCAUUUGAUAGAGGAACGGAAGUUCAGCGGUGAUGCAGCCAACUCGACGGCGUGUGUCUUCAUGGUCAACAAGCCCUACGCUCUGACGUGUUCCGUGGUGGCCUUCUACAUCCCUCUGGUUCUGAUGGUACUGGCUUACCAGCGUAUCUAUGUGACUGCACGGGCGCACGCACGACAAAUCGGCGUGCUGCAGCGGGCAGGGGGCGCUGCCGCCUCGGCAGACAGCGCCGACCACCAGCGCAACCACCGCAUGCGUACGGAGACCAAGGCGGCCAAGACUCUGUGCAUCAUCAUGGGCUGUUUCUGCCUGUGCUGGGCCCCCUUCUUCAUCACAAACGUGGUGGACCCCUUCAUAAGCUAUACAGUGCCCGACCAGCUGUGGGCAGCGUUCCUGUGGCUGGGUUACAUUAACUCCAUGCUCAAUCCCAUUCUCUAUGCCUUCUUGAACAAGUCCUUCCGCCGUGCCUUCCUCAUCAUCCUCUGCUGUGGGAGAAAGCGGUACAGCGUCAGGCGGCCAUCCAUACUAGGGCCAGGGCCCCCCUGCUCGGCCACACAGAUCAACGGCUCCACACAUGUGCUCAAGUAAUUGGGUCGGUCGUUCCACCAAUUCGAUGCCUUUUGAGAAGUGUAACUUGGAAUGGCUGCUCCUCUGCCUACAAACUCCUGCUCUGGUUCUGCAACACUAGGCCUGUUCCUGUCUAGUGCUGCUUGACAACCUCUCAAGUAUGCUGCCCUGCACAAUGGAAACCAUAUUGAAAAGGAACAGCAGCCGUUGCAAAAAGAGGACACAGAGUCGCCGGAGUCCUGCUUCUGACAACCGCAGACAGUCAGACAGACACUACCCUGUGCAAUCUGAGACAAGGACUGGGUCGGAACCAGAACCAGCCCUAGAGGGAGUCAUUCUAAGGCGGCCUCUCCCACUGAGAGACAGCCAAACCAACGACAUGUUUGGACUGAACUCCUAGUAGCGGGAUCGAUUAUGGACUGUGGAAUACUUUAAGGUGAAUAAUGUUGCCAAAGCUAUUUGAUAUUAACUUUGUUUUGAGAUAUGUCGUUUCAUAUUUCCUUUGCUUAGAAAAGGAAGAAAAACACUCAAUCUUUCUGAUCCACUAUAGUUAGCUCUGUUAGUUAACGGAUGUUCCAGUAAUGCUUAGUGUUAUGUCACCAAUAUAAACAUUUCAAUAAGCUUUAUUGAUCUAAGGAGGUGCAAUUUCACACAGGCACAGAGGGCUCAUAACCCAUUCAUUUAGAAUGAAGUAUUAACUUGAAAAUGUUCUCAUUUUAUUCAACUUCAGGUCUCUUAUCUCUCCCUGUCAUUGGUGCACUAUACUCAAUCAGCCUAGAUCCCAUAACGUUCCUUUGAUGCUCUGCAUAAUCGUCAAAAGCCGAAAGUGAUAAAGUAUUUUAACACACCCACGGUAUUGUAUGGUAUGUGAUGAAAUAAUUCAGCCCCUGAAGUGCACUAUUAGCUACUACACUUUACAAAUGAUCCCUUCUCUCUCAUGGCUCCUCUCUCAGAUGUCGACAAAGAUGGACCGUGCAAUAAGACGGACAUGUUUUUAAAGAUGGUGGUUGCUGAAGCAAUUGAAUCUUGGUCACAGUCUUUUCCCUCCUACUGAUGUGUGUUGUCUACUACGGAGUACGUGCAUACUACGUCCAGUAUGUGGGUGCGCGCUUGAGAUCAUGUCCUAUACUUCAUGAAGUGCCCCUCUCAACACCACACGUGUUUAGUCUAGUCCACAGCAACAUCUCAUUUCUUAUGCAUUACUAGCAGUAGUCCGAAAACAUUUGCUAGAGUGUACUACAAUUUUCCGGCAUUUUGUAUUCAUGAACAAUCCAAGGUAUCCCCUGAAAUGUAUAUUUACCUUGCACCUGAAAUGUAAACAUUGACUUUCUUUUCCUGUGCGAUUCCAAAGCAAACCAUUCCACUUGCUGAAUCCUUCAGUAGGCUACCAAUGAUGACUAGCUCGUUUAAAAGGCAAUCGCCACCAAAGCCAUCAUUUCAUUUUCUACCAAAUAGAGGCUCAAUGGUUUAGUUAAUAACAUUCUGUCCAAAGCACUGGGAAUAUUUCCUUUCAGAAAACAAUGCAAAGAGAUCAUACAUAGUCAUAUACAGCAGGAUGUAAAGAAUACCAACUGCAUUUUCCCCAUACGUUCAUCCGUUAAACACACAUUCAAGCGACGUAUCCCAGCAACUUAAACAAAAAUGACCCUGUUGGUUGAACUUCCUGAUUAAAUGUCCAGUCUUAAAGGGGCAGUGCAGUCAAAAACAUUAUAUACCAUUUUUUUGUAUGAUAUUUCCAGACUAGCAGGUCGAAAUAACACCCUGAAAUUGUGAAAAUUAUGAAAAUGCCCUUUUGGUGUAAGCUUUUUGAAGAAAAACCAGCAGACACUAUGCCCUCCAUGGAAUGAGGUUGACACCCCCACCCUAGAGUCUAGACCAGAGUCUCCCAACCCUCUCCUCAGAUGUUUCACAUCACAUUUGAGUUUUAACCCUAAACUACCACAUCUGAUUCAAUUAGGCAAAGGCGUGAGGAUUAAUUGACUAAUUGAAUCAGGUGUGUCAGUUUAGAGUUAAAACAAAAAUGUGAGAGGGUUGGGAAACCCUGGUCUAGAUGAUCUAAUCAGAUGUAUCAGUACAUCCACACGAUCAGUCUGAGCAUUUCAAUGGCAAAAGAAAGCUCAGGGAAAUAAAUGAUAGACAAAUAUGAUUUUAUUUAUUAUCAUGAAAUAAACACCCAGUGAUGUAUUAGACACUGAGUGAUGAUAUUUUUUAAUUAAUUAAAAAGACUGCAUGAGGCUUUAAUAGAUAGCCCAGCAGAUGAUCCUCAUGAGCAGAGCAUCCUCAUGUUUUUUUUAUAAUGUACAUGUUGAUACAUAAAUAUCAGAAUUACCAUUAAGUUGUCUCUGAGUGUUUGGGGCAAGGUUGAGUGUGUUACGCAGUGUCCAGUAGCAUUAAGCCAUAAGUCAUUACAUCCAUCCUGUCUUCCUCCUUACAAAACCAAAAUGAUAGUCACUCCCUCCUUCACUCCUGUCCUUGGACUCAAUCCUUCCCCUGAAGAUUCAUGGGAAGUAAUAAUAACUUCGAGUUUUAUUUGAGGAAAUAUUCAGAAUAUAUCUAGAUAGACUUUACAGGGCAUGAUCUUCAGUGGCAAUGACAGCUCUUCUAUUCAGAGGGUUUUGGUCAAUACAAAUGUUCUUGUUUUUUCCUGCAACAACUGACAGCUAAAUGUAUUUAGAAUAUAUACACUGAGUUUACAAAAUGUUAAGGACACCCCCCACUUUUGCCCUCAGAACAGCCUCAAUUCGUCAGGGCAUGGACUCUACAAGGUGUCAAAAGCAUUCAACAGUUAUGGUCCAUGUUCACUCCAAUGCUUCCCACAGUUGUGUCAAGUUGGCUGUAUGUCCUUAGAGUGGUGGACCAUUCUUGAUGCACACAGGAAACUGUUGAGAGUGAAAAACCCAGCAGCGUUGCAGUUCUUGACACAAAUCGGUGCGCCUAGCACCUACUACUAUACCACGUUCAAAUGCACUUAAAACUUUUGUCUUGCCCAUUCCCCCUCUGAAUGGCAAACGCACACAGUCCACGUCUCAAUUGUCUCAAGGCUUAAAAAGCCCUUCUUUAACCUGUCCCCUCCCUUUUAUCUACACUGAUUGCAGUGGAUUUAUCAAGUGACACCAAUAAGGGAUCAUAGCUUUCACCUGGAUUCACCUGGUCAGUCUGUCAUGGAAAGAGUAGGUGUCAAUAAUGUUUUGUACGCCCAGUUUAGGCAGAGCCUUUACAGUGCUAAACCCUUCUGGAACAGAUUUCAAACCAAUGUUGCUUUUUUUGUUCUUGCUUCUUUCAUGCUCCUUAAAAAAAAGCUAUUUAUCUCAGACUGUGACCUCGUCAUAAUGGAAGCACUAGCACUUUAGUAAUAUAUAGAUGAAAAUGAUGUCAAAAAGAUUAUUCCAGAGUCUUCUCAUCAGCUGAUCGUCCAAGACCAACUUUAUAAACAAAGGUAUUUUGAUCCCUUAAGUGAUUUCCUUUCCUUUUCAUUCAUCCUGAAGAUUUUAUUUUGUAUUGUAUUUUUGAUGAUACAUUCGGAGAAGUCUGUAGGGCAUUAUUUUGGAUACAAUGGUAAAUGCCACGUGUACAAUCCAUGAAGACCCAUUCGAAUUAUAUAAUAAUCAAAAUAGUCUCGAAUCAUUCCCUUUGUGAGUGGGACUUUACUUGCUUACAGUGCAAACAAUGCAACAUAAUGUUUGUCCAUGAACAAUCUUAAAAUGUAAUUUGUAUGAUUUUCUUUGUUUGUGUUUCCUUUUUCAGGAAUUUAAUUCAGCCAAUUAAGAAGAUGAUAUAUGAAUUGUACUUCCAGCAUAAUUAAGGCUUAUAUUUCUGGGAUUUUAAAGUGUACAUAGAGGAAUAUUUUUCAGCAAAAAGUGGGAUAUGAGUCUGUGUCUCUUCAGUAGACUUGAACAAAGCAAUUAUAUUGGCUUUAUAUUCUUCAUUCCAGUAGCUCUGCUGGCCUAUCCUUCCAGCACAGUAUAAUGAUAAGGCCUGAACAUGUACGCCACCAUAUACUACAGAACACAUAUGUGUAUGCAUCGUCACAUACAGCUGUUUUUUUAUGUUCAAGAUGUUCAUACACCUUGUUCAUCACAACAUUUUAUUGCCAGUUUUCAAUUGACGUGGCCAGCAUAAGAAUUUCACCCAGACUAAAAAGGAGGGGGUUUCCCUUCAUGUUUUGUUUGUGAUAAUAGAUGUGCUGCGUACAUACUCCCCUGGGCCCGGCAGUUUCCAUGACACCUGGAAUAUAAAUCUCUGUGAUCAACAUGUAUGGUACAUUAUGUGUUGGUGGUUGAAAGUCCCGAAUUAGAACACAACCUGUGGAGAUUUAAGAGGAAAACCACUUACGGUAAUAACAUAACUUUCAUAAUUUACUUUAGUUACACCACUGAGGUAGAUUUGAAAGGAGAACCAUCAGCUACCUAAUUUUAUACUGUAUAUUCAGAUACCAGUUACACAAUAUGCCGUCUAAUUACUUAUCAAACGUUGAAAACAGACAUGAUACUGGGAACGGUACAGUAAUACAUUGGUAAUACAUUGUACUUUCCCUGUGAAUUGUCCUGUAGGACCUCCUUUAAUACUUGUCGAGUUACAUACACGUAGAGUUGGGGCAAUAAACCAAAAAUGAUCGACACCGACCAAAUCGAUCACUUAUCGCAGGCAUUUCGUUCAUUGGGAUAAGUAGCCUGUACUAGAGAAAUGUGAAGUUUGAAAUGAGUUUGCUAAUAUGGGUGAUUGUUAAUGGAACAGUUGAUGGCUACAAUCAUCAAACUAGUAGUAGUAUUAGUAGUAGUAGUAGUAGUAGUUUAAAGCAGGGAUCUCCAACCUUUUCUAGCAUGAGAGCUACUUUAAAAAAAUGUAUUAUGUCACCAGUUACACAAUAAAUUAUUGGUUUCAAAUAGACACAUGAUCAUUUUCACCUCUCACGUGCAGCUCUUCCUUGGGUCCUUAGUGUACAAGAGAAAGUAGUUCCCCAUGUUUUUUGUCAAUAUACCUGGUAAAAUAAUGGUUAAUAAACUACUCUAAACGGGGCCCUUUCAAAUCUGCAUUUUAUCCCCCAAAAAUUCUGUUUUAGAUUUUCCUAAAUUACGUUCUCAGUUUUAUUUUUCACUUUUAAAAUUCCUAUUGUUCAUAGAGAAACAACAACAUUGGAUGUUCUGAGUCCAUGUCAAUGCUUAAAUCACAUGAGACAUUCUUUUUUUAGUUCUGGAAGAAAUGUUGAUUUUUGAUUGUAAUUCCUCUUUAAUUGCACAUCUGGCGACUGAGGAAUGUGCCGGUCUAACAAUGGUUCUGUACUGCUGCUUCUCAAUUCAUGACAAAGUAUAUCAUACAAAUGAUAUACUUACUUAUGAUAUACUGGCCAGGUAAGCCAGCUUUGCGGUUAACAUUUAAUUGAGAAGGUUUUGGGGGAAGUUGUAUACAGCAUACUUCAGAAUUGUUUGGCGAGCUACUCAUAGGUGGGCUGCUCGUGAUCGACCUGUUGGAGACCCCUGGUUUAAAGGAUCAUAAAAAAAACCUGUGGUAAAGUUUAAGGUAAUGUCAUAAAUGUUUCAUUCUAUUCAUCAUUAUCGCAUAAAUUCUGGCAAUUUAUCAUGAUAUGGAUUUUUUUUCCAUAUCGUCCAGCUCUACAUGCAUGUAUGUAAAGGUUAAGGCGAUGAUUAAUUAAAUGCUUCACCUGUUCAUUAGUGAUCAGAACCACAGGCAUCAUCUGUCCCCGUGGUGUAUUCCCCAGCCUCUGCAUGUUGAGAACAUCUGAGAGAGGCUGAACUCUGAGGUGGGUCGUAUCCAGAAAGCGUCUCAGAAAAGGAGUGCUGAGCUAGGAUCUGUCUAUACAAUGUUAUUCGUUAUGAACUAAAAUGCUAAACUGAUCUUAGAUCAGCACUCCUACCCUGAGAUGGAUACGGACCCAGUUGUCUAGAGGCAGAGGCAAGGGACGGCAUCUCGCGUAGAGCCACAAUGUAAUAUACAGAUCAAGUCAAUUGUAACCUACAUAAGUCAUCUAGGGAGAUAUUGGAAAAUCAGGAAGAAUACAAUGAAACAUGCAGUUUCAACAAACCAUUUAAGUUGCAGCAAAUGUCAUACCUUCAAACGUACACAAAUGUUGCUACUUAUACAACUCAACACAGUAUUGCGUUUUUCAAAGUUUGUUCAGAUAUAACCAAUGUCUGAGAGAGAGUUGUAUCUCAAAGCCGUACAUUCCCUUUAGGUUUGGAAGCUUUGGCGCAAUCGUUUUUCAGUUUCAGUUAGUCCCCAACAUGUCGUCACCAUGUCGUCACCAUGCCGUCGCCCUAGAAACCUCCUCCAACCUUCCGUUCUCACUCUUUGGGUGCCACCUCUGAAGGCAGCCCUGAAGGCCGUGGAAGCUCACAGCAUGAAUGUGUUGUACAGUAAAUCUCCCAACAGUGUUGUUGAAGAAUAAACUUUUCUAAUAAAAAUCCUCAGUAUUUAUUUUGAUGGAA